AUAAUUUCGAUACUUAUCAGCGAGAGAUGAUUCAUUUACCGAGAGUCUCUUGUGCAGGAAUGAAGAAAAGCAAUAUAUAUAUAUAUUUUAAAAUAAUGAUCCUGUUCUAUAAAAGUCGCCUCUUUUAUUUUCAGCUAUUCACUUUUGAAAAAACCUUGCAUGUAACAGAACAAUUACUUUAGGAAUCAGGUUUUGUUGUAAGCACUUGAGAUUUACAACAUGACUAAAUCCGAUGUCGAGGCGAUGAGGGAAAACUCCUCAGCGGAGCUUGCGAUCGAAGUCGAAGAGAAGUCCGAUAACGAGUCGGAGUCAGAAAAGUCGAGAACGUCGAGGAAGACACGAACAUUCUGGAGAGGUUACAGUGACACUGAAGAUAUCAUUGGUAUGGCCGAUGUGCUAAUCCCCAAUGACUAUGCAGGAGACUGGACGUUUGAGCACAGAGCUCUUAGGUGGAUGGACUACCUUUGCUUAGGUGUAACGAUUCCUUCGCUGAUAUUCGCGCUCACUUUUGUGCUCGUGUUCGCUAUAUUUCCCGACACAAUGCAGUCGGGCGCAUCGACUGCGCUAACAUGGGUUGGCGCCAAUCUUGGCUGGUUCUACAUUCUUUGUGUAGCGGUUACCAUCCUAAUUCUGGUAUACAUCGCGGCUUCGAGCUAUGGGGAAAUAAAGUUGGGCCAGGACGAUAGCGAGCCUGAAUUUUCCAUGGGGUCUUGGAUUGCUAUGUUGUUCUCAGCCGGCGUCGGAGUAGGAAUGGUAUUUUAUGGAAGUGGAGAACCUCUCUUUAACACUGUUUACCCUCCGGUAGAAUACUAUGGAGGAGCAGCGCAAUGGGCUGUUGCAACUACGGUAUUCCACUGGGGUGUACAUGGGUGGGCCAUUUACUGCGGUUUAGCUUUGCCCCUAGCCUAUUUCAGUCAUCGACUGAAGUUACCUCUGACUCUUCGUAGUUCGAUGUAUCCGCUUCUCGGACGAUACACAGCAGGGUGGAUGGGACAUAUUGUGGACACCGUUGCCGUCUUCGGCACCAUUGGAGGUCUAUGCACGUCACUUGGCCUAGGUGUACUGAACAUCGUUGGUGGAUUAGAUUUCGUUUUCGACAUCAGAUCAAAUCCAGACGAUGAAUUAGUGUGGCUUCAGGCUGUGAUAGUUGGUCUUACAACUCUGAUGGCUUGCAUUUCGAUAUCCACUGGACUGCGAACGGGUGUGCGUCUCCUAUCCAAUGCAAACGCCUGCAUGGCACUAUUUCUCUGCUUCAUGGUCUUCAUUUUGAGUGACCCCGUUCAUCUGCUCCGUAUGACGGUUGAGAAUGUGGGCAUGUACGUGCAAAUUCUUAUUAUGCGCACCUGGAGAACUGGUGCUGGAGACCCCGACGAGCUGAGUUGGAUCACAGGCUGGAGUGUUUUCUACUGGGGAUGGUUCUACAGCUGGUCUCCCUUUGUCGCCGUCUUUGUUGCUCGAAUCUCGAAAGGCCGGACUAUCCGUCAAUUCAUUAUAUGCGUGAUGGGUGCCCCGACCCUUGCGAGUAUCGUGUGGUUUUCAGUCCUGGGACAAGCAGGUAUCGAUCUGCUCGAAAAACAAGUUGCGAAUGGAGCCGACCCUCUCAAUGCUCCCGUCGAUACAAUCUCUGAAUAUGACAUAGCGAUUCAGAUUUAUGUUUUGAUCAAAGGUCUAGGUCCUGAAUGGUUAUUCUACGUUUUGUCCGUGGGCACCAUGGUUCUGCUGAUGGUAUUCUUCGUGACGUCAAGUGAUUCUGGAACGCUAGUUAUUGACAGCAUGGCGUGUGGAGGACAGCUCGAUUCACCUGUACUUAUGAAGUGUGUCUGGUGCGUAUUGACUAACGCAUGCGCCCUUGUGCUUCUGAUCUCUGGAGGAAGUAAUGCUCUCGUGGGUUUGCAAGCGGCAAGUGUGAUCAUUGGUCUGCCUGUCGCCAUCGUAUACAUCUUUAUUAUGCUUGGAUUGCUCGCUGGCUUGCGUCGCGACCCCUACAUCGUAGACGAGGCGAGUGAUAAGAUGGAAAAGAUGCACACCAGAUUCACGUACAAGGAUGUAUACGAGGGUAAAGGUGUACCGAGACGAAAUACGCUAACGGUUUCGCAACUGAAUCGAGAUCGUUCAUCUUUCAUUUCGCUUCAGUAGGUACGCCGUAAUGCAUCCACGAACUCGUCAAAGUUUCGAUGAACUGGUAUGUUCACAGGAUUAUAUAAUAUGUACAGUAUCCUGCAAAAAAAAAAUAAUACAUUAGAAAAAUUACUGUAAACCGAAUCGAUCACACUAUCCCCCCUGUAGAACAGUAAUAAAUAUAUAUCAAGAGACA